AUGGAAACUAAAGCCAGUACUGGUUUUGUGGAUGCUGAUUUCACCCCAAGAGACUACCAGGUGGAACUGUUUGAAGAAGCAUUAGGGGAAAAUAUAAUCGCUUACCUACCUACCGGUUCCAGGAAAACAUAUAUAGCAGCCCUUUUGAUUAAGGAGAAAGUACAUGAAGUCACAAAACCAUUGGAUUUGGGCGGGAAAAGAACCGUCUUUCUUGUACCUAUAAUUUUAUUGGCUAUUCAGCAGGCAGCCUACUUGCGACGUCACACUUAUUUGAGAGUGAAGGAAUUCUAUGGAAGUAUGGGUGUCGAUUCUUGGAGAAAAGAAAGGUGGAAAACAGAAUUCAAAGAAAAUCACGUCCUAGUCAUGACGGCUCAAAUUUUUGUGAAUGUUUUGAACCAUGAUUUCUUUUCUGCAUACCAACUUAACUUAUUGGUAUUCGACAAGUGCCAUGCUGCUGUGAAAGAUGCGCCCAUGAAACAAGUCCUUUCGAAACUGCAAAGCUAUGAAAGUUUGCGCCGGCCCAAAAUUCUUGGUUUGACGGCAGCGCUUUUUAGGAUGCGAUGCACACCUCAUAAGGUGCCCGAAGUCAUUCAAAAGCUCUCUGAAUCAAUGGGGUGCAUCGUCAAAAUUCCAUCCAGUGUAGAAACGGUCUAUCGGUAUUCCACGAAGCCUUGCGAAAUCGUCCUUCAAUACGAUGACGAAAAUAACAAACAGAAUCCAGAUUCGCUGACAUUGAGCGUUAUAAUCCUUGAUAUGGUGUUUAAACUAAUGCAAGAAUUUAAAAACUCGUAUGGUGAAUUGAUUGCCAAAGUUGAAUCUGAUGUUGCAAAACACCCAGACAAGAUCGAUUUAUUGUUGGAUGCACUUAAAGACAUAAAUUAUCUCCUUAGAGCUCUAGGACCAUAUGGUGCCUAUCAUUGCGCACAUGUGUAUAUUCGCAUCCUACAGCAAGCCAAGAGUCGUGUCAAAGUUCCUCAGUUUUUGGCAGAUUUGAACAAAGUUUCUGCGCUCUGCAGGGAAAUUAAGGAAAUCUGUACUCCUUAUUUCGCCAAGUUCUCGCCAAAGGACCGCCUAUUACUGUUUGUACAUCCCAAAGUGAUCCGUCUUUUGGAAAUUAUUCGAAAUUUUAGUCCCGAAAAGAAUCUCGACGAACUAAAUCUUAAGAUGUGUGCCAUCAUUUUUGUCGAACGAAGAUGCACGGCCAAUGUACUUUACCACUUCUUGAAGGAUGUUGCCAAACACGACGAAACCUUGGAAUUUAUGAAGCCAUUAUUCACAAUGGGCCAGGCAUUAGAUCGAAACGCUUCACUGAAAGAAACUAAAAUUCUCAACAUAAAACAAAACGAGAUUAUGACCAGCUUUCGCGAAGGUCGUUGUAAUCUGAUAGUGGCAACCUCUGUGCUGGAAGAAGGAGUUGACAUUCCUGCCUGUAAUCUAAUUGUAAAAUUCGACCACAUCAAAACCUACUGCGAAUACGUUCAGGCCAAAGGCCGAGCAAGGAGCAGGAAAGCCUUUUAUUGUUUGAUGGUGAGCCAAAGUGAAACGGAAAGCUACCUGAAGAAUUUGGCACAGUUCCGUAGCAUUGAACAGCAGCUCUUGGCUAUCGGAAAUUUCGAAGACGAUCGGGACAGUAUUAUAGACAACCUAUUUUGCGAAAUCAUCCCACCCUACGCUCCCUACGGUGAAGACGGACCCCGUAUUACUUUACUGAGUAGUAUAUCGCUUGUCAACAGGUACUGUGGCCAGCUCUCGUCAGAUCCAAAUGUCCUUUUGGCCCCCAAACUAACAAUCAAGAAAGCUGAUAAAAGCGUAGCCGAUCCCGCUCAACUAAAAAAUAUUAAAGACGUUCUUAAAAAUUUACCAAAUGAUAAUCGUGGAAUGACCAACGGGUUUUCGAUUGGUGAUUUAUACCAGUUUCGUCUAAUUCUUCUCCUAAACUCGUCCUUGAGAGAAGAGAUAAUUGCAGACGUGAUGCCAACUAAACGUCUGGCCAAAAGAGCAGUUGCUUUAAAAGCAUGCAUCAUGCUUCACAAACUGAAAGAGCUGGAUGACGUUCAUCUCUUUCCUAUUCCACGGCUGAUUCCAGAAGAAGAAGAGGAAGAGUUGCCAAUCGAAGAUGAUGCCAGUGUACCUCAACACCAUGGAAAUGUCACGAUUUGCAAACGUCGUUUCCCUGCUUGUUUUUCGAAUUGCCGACCUAUUCCGAGACAGCCCAACUUCGUUUAUUUGAUAGACUUUAUGCUGAUGAAGCCUUGCCUGGAUGUCAACAAACUAUUUAUACCAUUCGUCGGGGAAACAAAGUUAGCCAUUUUGACGUCACAAGUCAUACCUGCGCUUUGUCCGUUACCUUUGAUUACGCGAGCUGGGGAAUUCCAAGUCAAUCUGUGUGGAGUGGAUUCAAUCAUCCUUGACGACAGUCAGCUAGAAAAACUCGAAAAAUUUCAUCAGUUUAUCUUCCAAGACGUGAUUUUCUUGUGGAAACGUCAACUAGAUUUUGACCUACAGGCCUCUGAUUUGCAGUACCUCAUUGUCCCUCUACAAAGUGCAACCGAAAAACUGGACUUUGUUCUCGUCGAAAAGAUGAUCAAUGCACCAACCGUCGAGUGGGAAAAACGGCCACCUUUCACGGGCAACAAGUUUUCAUUCGAACCGAAAGAGUAUGUCGACGCAGUUAUCGUCCCGUCCUAUAAACCGCUGGGGACAUUAAAUUCCUUCUACGUCGAUGGCGUUUCAGACUUGACACCGCUCUCUGCGUUCCCAGAAAGAGAGAAUGAAACUUACGCAUCUUAUUUUUCCAAAAAGUACAAUCAGAUAUUGACUAAUGAAAAUCAGCAGCUCGUGCAAGUCAGUCGCGAGAUAACGAGGAAAAACUUCCUUGUCCCGAGAUUGGCUUCAACGAAGAAAGAAAUUCCAAUGCAUCAUGUGCCUGAACUUUGCAAUAUUCAUCCGCUGCCAGGAUCUGUUUGGAAACAGGUGGUAUGGAUCCCAUCCGUUCUUCAUCGUCUUAAUGGCAUUCUGGUGGCCGAAGAACUUCGCAUCUUGAUCUUUAAAGAAGCUAACGUGGGAAUAGAUUUUUUACUGGAUUCCCUGUUGGGUCGAUUAUUUUCAUAA